CCCAGUUCUCGGAUUCUAGCAUUGUCCAUUUUCGGUUGCUAGCCAUGGCUGACCACGCAGCACAUUCUGACUAGAAUUUGACCAUGCAUAGCACCCUCUGAUCAGUAGUCCCGCUCGUUUCCGCUCGUCUCAACUAUCCGCGCAGGCAAGAAUUGUAUCAAGCCUCUCCCAUGCUUGGCAUCGCAGCAUUAGAACCUAUGAAUAUAAUCCUCCUCUGGUCCAGGACAGACAGAACCUACGCUACAAUGCGGACGGGAAAUCCGGUGUUGGUUUUUCUUAUUCUAUUUUUCCUCGCGGCUGCUUCCUCGUCUUCCGCUCUAUCAACCGGAGAAUCGCAAACCGGCACCUUGUCAGCGGCGGGUCUCAACGUCCCUCCGACUUACAUUCCGGACCCCUCGCGAAUCAAGCAGCUCUCAUGGAAGCCCAGAGCCUUCUUCUACCCCAAUUUCCUCUCUGCUGCGGAGUGUGAUUACAUCGUCAACAUGUCGCGCCCGCUUAUGGAGCGGUCCACAGUGGUAGGGCAGGGGGGUAAGAGCGUGGUUGACACGAUCCGCACGAGCAACGGGUGCUUCAUUGACAAGUACAAGGACCCCGUCAUCAAGCGCAUAGAGGAGCGCAUCGCCGACUGGACCUUCCUGCCCCUGGUCAACCAGGAGGCGAUGCAGGUGCUGCAGUACCAGCACGGGCAGAAGUACGGCGCGCACUGGGACUACUACGACGAUAAGACGGCUCAGACGGGCGGCCCUAGAUACGCCACUGUGCUCAUGUACCUCACGGACGUGGGGAAGGGCGGCGAGACCGUGUUUCCGCAGUCUGAGGAGGAUCGCACAGAGAAGGAUGACAGCUGGAGUGACUGCGGCAAGCAGGGAAUUGCAGUGAAGCCCAUCAAGGGCAGCGCGCUGCUCUUCUUCAGCAUGAAUCCGGACGGCUCCUUCGACACGGCCUCUCUCCACUCGGGCUGUCCAGUCAUCUCGGGCGAGAAGUGGUCCGCCACCAAGUGGAUUCACGUCGACUCCUUUGACCCGCCCUUCCGCGACCCUGACGUGUGUCAGGACGACGAUGCUAAUUGCCCUGACUGGGCGCAAGCGGGCGAGUGUGAGCGCAACCCCAAGUACAUGAAGGGCACGGGGACCAUGCAGUAUGAGCUGGGGUUCUGUCGGAAGAGCUGUGGGGUGUGCUGAGUUGAGUGGGGGCUUGAGGGUGCUUGAGGGUGCGUUGUGUGUGCAGCUUUUGUGAGUGUGUCCGGCAGGAGAUGAACACAGCUGCGUGUGUGAGAGCGGGCGAGUGUGAGCACAACCCCAAGUAUUUGAAGGGCACGGGGCGCGUGCAGUAUGAGCUGGGGUUCUGUAGGGAGAGCUGUGGGGUGUGCUGACGAGGAGGUGGGGGAUGUCAGGGUUUGUGGCCGAGUGUGGGAGGAGCAGCGAGCACAUGAAGGGCACGGGAAGCAUGCAGUACGAGCUGGGGUUCUGCACGAAGACCUGUGGCGUGUGUUGAAGAGGAAGUGGGGGGGGUUAUGCGUGCGCGUGGUGUUUGUUCUGCUGUGGUGUGAAUGUGGCUUCAUUUCCCUUCAGUCUGCAAAUGGGAGUCAGCUAAGGGAUCUGACUUUCCUUCAGAAGUCGUCAACAGGUCACCAGGUCAACCAAUCGCAUAAGUCGAGGAUCAGUGUGGACGAUGGGAUUCUGUGCUUAAGACUUGCAUAGCAUUGCAUACCAGUCGCUUGUAUUUACAAGUGAAGUGACAGAUCCAAGGGAACUUUUCUAGCUACACCAGCUACACCGAUCGCCAUUGCUACAUUAUGAAUACUGCACCCUCUCGCCCUGCCUUUGUCCCGUUCUCCAUGAUCUUCCCGGAUAGAGU